CCUUGAAGAACCUCUCCACCUCACAAACUGAAUAUACACAUACACAAAUCACCAACAUGGUUCUGGGCAAAGUCGCGCACUACGCUUUCGAUGCGGUACUAGUCUCCGCCUUCCUCGCCGGCGUGCGACGCUCCACCGGCCUCACUCCCAGUGUAAGGCCAGACCAAUUCAGCGACACCCCCAGCGUGCAGAAAUGGCUGGACAACUACCUAUGGGUGGGCGAGACGGUCAUGGACCAGAGCGUUGCUUUCUUCGCCUCAUCAUCGUACUUUGAGCGGAAGCGAUAA